AUGGCGCGACCUGUUCAAACCGCGCAAUCACGCCUCACAUUCCUCUUAAAACACUGGCCUGCUGACCCAAUCCGCCCAUCCUCCGUCUCCGUCCAAACAUACCUCCAAUCGCGCCUCCCUCAAUCACAAUCACAAUCACCAGAGCCAUCAAAAGCCGGCGCCACAACGGCCGCUAUACCGACGGGCACAAUAUCAGAGCCCUCUAUCAAUGCUCUGACAUCACUACUAGAAGAUCGAUAUGCCAAGCGCUAUCCGCUUCCCCCUAUGUUACGGCACCCUGCGAGUAACCCGGACCACUACGAUGACCUGAUUCGGGAGUUUGAGGAGGCGCCGACGAGAGAUAUCCUGGGGCGGAUUAAGAAGAAGUUGGGCGGAUUGUUUAGAUUUCAGUAG